CUUAUAUAAGUAUACAGAGUAUGUAAAGUGUGAAAUUGUAUCCCCACUUCCCAACCUCAGUCCGGCUUUGGACCAUUUCAGACGGCAGGCAACAACAAUGCAGAAACAUGACUUUGGAGUCGUUGACUAUGUCGUUUUCGUGCUUACCAUUGUUGUCUCCCUUGGAAUCGGAAUCUAUCAGGCUCUUUCUGGGGGCCGCCAGAAAACCACUUCAGAAUAUCUCGUUGGUAACCGUAGAAUGGCUGUUCUUCCCGUGGCAAUAUCUCUACUAGUAUCCUUCGAGUCGAGCAUAAUGAUGCUUGGAACUCCGGCGGAAAUCUACAGAUAUGGCAUUCAGUGGGUAUGGGCAAACAUCGGAUUUUUUUGUGCAAAUCUGUUAGCGAUCAAAGUCAUGGUACCACUGAUUCACCCGCUAAAGAUUACCAGUGCAAAUGAGUAUCUAGAGCUUCGAUUUAAAUCACACGCUGUGAGACUAAUGGCCACAUCUCUAGGAAUGCUUAACUACGUAUUAUAUAUGGGUAUUGUCCUCUAUGGCCCAGCCUUAGCCUUGGAAGCAGUGACGGGAUUUCCUUUGGCCUAUUCUAUAUUCAUCGUUGCCAUAGCUGCUGUGAUAUACACCUCUAUUGGAGGAAUCAAGGCUGUUAUAUGGACUGAUGUAUUUCAGUUUCUUGUUAUGUUUUCUGGAAUCUUUGCUGUACUGAUAAAAGGAACAAUUGAUAUAGGAGGAGUGGGCAAAACCUGGGAAAUUGCCAACAACAACGGAAGAUUAAACUGGUUCAAUUUUGACUUGGACCCUAGGACUCGGCACACGUUUUGGAAUCUCUUUUUUGGCUCCCUUGUCAGAGGAAUGUUCCUGAUUUUCAAUCAAUCCUCUGUUCAAAGGAUAUCUUCAACUCCUACGCUGUCUGAUGCUAAAAAGGUAAUGUAUUACACUGCACCUGGUUUCCUCGUUACCAUAUUCCUGGCAGUCACAGAGGGAAUUAUAGCAUACUCCUACUUCCAUGUCCUUCGUUGCGAUCCUCUAGAAUCAAAGACAAUCAAAAAUUCAAACCAGCUGAUCCCAGCUCUAGUAAUGGGUAUGUUUGGAAACAUGCAUGGUAUGCCUGGUCUCUUCAUUGCUUCUCUCUUUAGCGCAUCCUUAAGCACCCUGUCAUCCGGACUAAGUAGUUUGUCUGCAUUAGUAUGGCAGGAUUUUGUUAGACCUCACACAAAACCAAUGUCAGAAUUCAAAGCUACCGUGAUAGCUAAAAUAUCAGUUGUAAUAUUUGGUAGUUUGGCAAUCAUCGUAGCAUUUCUUGUAUCGACCAUUGGUGGAACUCUCAUACAGAUCACUGGAACUAUUCUCUCCACGAUAGGAGGGCCAUUAACAGGGGUGUAUCUUGUAGGGUGCUUUUGUCCAUGGAUCAAUUCUAAGGGAGCUAUCUUUGGUUGUAUAAGUGGGGUUGCUCUUGUUGGAUGGAUUGCUGCAGGAAUGUCUGUGUCAAAAGGAAUUAAAAGAACCCCACCCCUACCAGCGGCACCAGUUGACCAAUGUUUUGCUCCCUCUGUCGUCAAUGCUAGCGACUUGAUGACAAAUACGACAUUAGAAACAUUCCUAUCAUCUACCGAGUUAUCUACAAAAUCAUCAGUUUUUAUUCAACCACUGGAGCCACAAGGCCUGGACCAGUUGUACUCCCUUUCUUACACCCUGCUUGGUGUCAUUGGAUUGAUUAACAGCAUCAUAACAGGAACUAUUGUUAGCUUUCUGACGGGAUACACAAAACCGGAGGAAUCGGAUCCACGUUAUUUGGUUUCACUAACGGACGAACUUUUCUCCUUCCUCCCAGAGAAGAUUAGAAAACCAUUACGCUUUGGAUAUAGCUAUGACAGAUCUAAGGUAUAUAAAGAACAAGUAUUCACCGAAAAAGAUCUCAAGCAAGAAAAAGUACACAAUUUCGCCAAUGUGACGAUCACAGUGAGUUCGGAGAAAGAAAAGAUUAAUGGUGUGGGUGAAAUCAUCAUAGAGGAUCCGAAAUUAGGAAGUAGUGAGGACGAGAUUCCGAGUAGUGCCACGCCUUUGAUUAGUAGUGAGAGGGGUGACAAUGGAAACGAUACAAAUGACAGAGAUGCCAAUCUAACCAAAAAUGGAAGUUUAUAACGUUAAAAGUUAUGUUUGAAAAGAGAGUGAAUAAUGUAAAUCAAUGUUGUGUGCUAUCAGAUUAGUAGAAUAUGACGUAUGAAAAUCAUAACACUACUAAAAUUGAUUUAAGAUGCUUUUUGUGUUGCAAACAAAGUCAACAAUCACAUUUCUAAUGUUGAUAUAAUUGACACAGAUACACACAUA